CACACACACACUAUCCCUCCACACACACGCACACUACCCCUCCACCCACACACUGCCCCUCCAGGUUUCCUGAUCUCCAUGACAAUGCCAGUGUUGCUGUGGAGUCUCCAUGGUAAGCCUGGGAAUGUUGGGGGGGACCCCUGUGUUUGUGUGUGGUAGUGGGGGCUCUCCCUCUCUCCCCAGCCCCCCUGUCUGUGUGAUGGAGGAGGAGGGCAGCUGGGGUCUUUGUUGUGAUUGUGAGAGGGCUGUUCUCUGGGGAAGCAGAGGUUAAGACAUGGGCUGGACAGGGCUGGGCUGGGCCCCCUCUCAGGCAGGGAGGAAGGCAGGAGUCUCACAUUUUACCAGGCCGAUCUGAAGUCAUACAUCUCUUGAACUUCACAUACUUGUUUUCCUCACUGCAGUUUGUGUAUUGUAUUCACUCUCCGCUCAAUAACAAAGUUUCAAAUGAUGUUUGACAAGAGGCUAGCAGUAGCAUUCAUGUCAAACGAAAACAUCUCAAAUGCAGGCUUUUAGUCGUUUUCUGUGACCGUUGGAUUGUAUGCCUAUGCUACUGUCUAACUAGCUAAGGCACAUUUAUGAUCGUUCCAUCUUAUGUCGGCGGAGGUCAUUAGAUUAUUUUCAAUACAAAAUCACGCUAGAAGCCCUUGUGAGGCUAGUAGGCUAGCCUACUCCUCCGCUACCAGUUUCUCACCCUGCCUGCGUGUUUAAGGAAAUGUCUGUAUCUUUCUUUCAGUGUCUGUCUGGCUUGGUGUCUCCAGCGUCGCCCUAAUGUAUUCUUUUUCUCUCUCUCUUACCCUUUAAUUAUCAUUGAACCACCAACCACCCCUCUCCCUUCCCUUCUCUUUCGUUCACACCCUCCUUCCUCUCACCCUAAUCGCUUUGUUCCUCCUCCCCUAUCUCCCGCUAUUCUCUCUCUCUCUCUCCACCUACCCCCAUUCCUUCAUUCAUUAUCCCCAUAUUUUGCCGCUCAACCUUUUCCUUCCUGUCCGUCUGUUGCCCUUUUCUUCCCCUCUACUUCUUCCCAUCUCUUCCUCUGACUCGUCAUCCAACUUAUGCCCCCUCUCUCUGCCCGUCAUCCAACUUAUGCCCCCUCUCUCUGCCCGUCAUCCAACUUAUUCCCCCUCUCUCUGACCGUCAUCCAAUUUAUGCCCCCUCUCUCUGCCCGUCAUCCAAUUUAUGCCCCCUCUCUCUGGCCGUCAUCCAACUUAUGACCCCUCUCUCUGGCCGUCAUCCAAUGCCCCCUCGCUCUGCCCAUCGUCACAUGCCCAUGCCCCCUCUCUCUGCCCAUCACAUGCCCGUGCUCACUUUUCUUUCCUCAUUACUCCAUUUAUUUAAUCUCCCAUACCCACAUCCCUACCGUUUCUGCCCUUGCCUAAACUUCCGACACCCUUUCCCUAAAUUGCCCAUGUCUACCACUGCCCCUCCAGUGCCCAUGGGGCCCUUCCCCCCACCUCUGCAGCAGGUGUUCCAGGCACCCCGCCGGCCUGGCAUGGGCACUGUGGGCAAGCCCAUCAAGCUGCUGGCCAACUACUUUGAGGUGGAGAUCCCCAAGAUGGACGUGUUCCACUACGAGGUGGACAUCAAGCCUGACAAGUGCCCCCGACGGGUCAACAGGGAAGUGGUGGAAUACAUGGUGCAGCACUUCAAGCCCCAGCUCUUUGGCGACAGGAAGCCAGUGUACGACGGCAAGAAGAAUAUCUAUACGGUGCUAGCGCUUUCUAUCGGAAGUGAGAAGGUGGACUUUGAGGUAACUAUCCCUGGGGAGGGGAAGGAUCGUAUCUUCAAGGUGUCUAUCCGCUUUCUGGCCACGGUGUCAUGGCGUCUGCUCCAGGAGACGCUGGUCAGCGGGCGCCUGCAGGUACCCCUGGACUCUGUCCAAGCCCUGGAUGUGGCCAUGCGCCACCUAGCCUCCAUGAGGUACACUCCGGUAGGACGAUCAUUUUUCUCCCCACCUGAAGGAUACUACCAUCCCCUGGGUGGGGGGAGGGAAGUGUGGUUUGGUUUCCACCAGUCUGUACGCCCCGCCAUGUGGAAGAUGAUGCUCAAUAUUGAUGUGUCGGCCACGGCCUUCUACAAAGCCCAGCCGGUGAUCGAGUUCAUGUGCGAAGUCCUGGACAUCCGCAACAUUGACGAGCAGCCCAAGACCCUGACCGACUCGCAGAGGGUCCGCUUCACCAAGGAGAUCAAAGGUCUGAAGGUGGAGGUGACCCACUGCGGUCAGAUGAAGAGGAAGUACCGCGUCUGCAACGUCACGCGACGCCCCGCCAGCCACCAGACGUUUCCCCUGCAGCUUGAGAGCGGACAGACAGUAGAAUGUACGGUGGCCCAGUACUUCAAGCAGAAGUACAAUCUGCAGCUCAAAUAUCCCCACCUGCCCUGCCUCCAGGUUGGUCAGGAGCAGAAGCACACCUACCUGCCCCUGGAGGUGUGUAACAUAGUAGCAGGGCAGCGCUGCAUCAAGAAACUGACAGAUAAUCAGACGUCCACUAUGAUCAAAGCCACGGCUCGCUCUGCACCUGACAGACAGGAGGAGAUCAGCCGGCUGAUGAAAAAUGCCAACUUUAACCUGGACCCGUACAUCCAGGAGUUUGGGAUCAAGGUGAAGGAUGAGAUGGCGGAGGUGACGGGAAGGGUGCUGCCUGCCCCCAUCCUACAGUAUGGAGGACGGAACCGGGCCAUCGCCACGCCCAACCAGGGGGUGUGGGACAUGAGGGGAAAGCAGUUCUACAACGGUAUUGAGAUCAAGGUGUGGGCCAUCGCCUGCUUCGCCCCCCAGAAACAGUGUCGGGAGGAGGUGCUCAAGAACUUCACAGACCAGCUGCGUAAGAUCUCCAAGGAUGCUGGGAUGCCCAUCCAGGGCCAGCCGUGUUUCUGUAAAUACGCCCAGGGAGCCGACAGUGUGGAGCCCAUGUUCAGGCACCUGAAGAACACCUACUCUGGACUGCAGCUCAUCAUCGUCAUCCUGCCCGGAAAGACUCCCGUCUACGCGGAGGUGAAGAGAGUGGGAGAUACUCUCCUAGGAAUGGCCACUCAGUGUGUCCAGGUGAAGAACGUGGUGAAGACGUCCCCCCAGACCCUCUCUAACCUCUGCCUCAAGAUCAAUGUCAAGCUGGGGGGAAUCAACAAUAUCCUGGUGCCCCACCAACGGUCAGCAGUGUUCCAGGAGCCUGUCAUCUUCCUGGGGGCCGAUGUAACACACCCCCCUGCUGGAGAUGGGAAGAAGCCCUCCAUUACCGCUGUGGUAGGCAGUAUGGACGCCCACCCCAGCAGGUACUGUGCCACAGUCCGGGUCCAGAGGCCCAGGCAGGAGAUUAUCGAAGACCUUUCUUACAUGGUGCGAGAACUGCUGAUCCAGUUCUACAAGUCGACCCGCUUCAAGCCCACCAGGAUCAUCUUCUACAGGGACGGAGUGCCUGAGGGGCAGCUACCACAGAUACUCCACUACGAGCUUCUGGCCAUCAGGGAUGCGUGCAUCAAGCUGGAGAAGGACUACCAGCCUGGUAUCACCUACAUCGUGGUCCAGAAGCGCCACCACACACGCCUCUUCUGUGCCGACAAGUCUGAGAGAAUCGGGAAGAGUGGUAACAUUCCUGCAGGGACCACAGUGGACACCAGCAUCACUCACCCGUUUGAGUUUGACUUCUACCUUUGCAGUCACGCGGGUAUACAGGGGACUAGUCGGCCCUCACAUUACUAUGUCCUGUGGGACGACAAUCGUUUCACCGCCGACGAGCUGCAAAUCCUCACUUACCAGCUGUGCCAUACCUACGUCCGCUGUACCCGCUCUGUCUCCAUCCCCGCGCCAGCCUACUACGCCCGCCUCGUGGCCUUCCGUGCCCGCUACCAUCUGGUGGACAAGGAGCACGACAGUGGGGAGGGCAGCCAUGUCUCUGGGCAGAGUAACGGUCGGGACCCCCAGGCUCUGGCCAAGGCGGUGCAGAUUCACCACGACACGCUGAGGACCAUGUACUUCGCCUGAGCACCACCCCACACCACCAUCACCACCACUGUCCUUAAGACUCACCAUCCCUCGGUGAGGGGCUUGGGAGCCCACAGGAAGCCUUCCACCUCUUCUCCUCCCUCCAUGGCUGUGACCACCCACACACUCCACAUACCCUCUCUUGACUGACCCACCACAGCCAAACCACCCCAGUACCAGAACUGUACAUCCCUCACCUGAUCAACCCAGGCAGACUCUGCAGCGUCCUGCACAAUGGUUACUAUUAUCAUUAUUGAUAUUAUAUGUUUGUUUGUAUUUACUUUACCAGGACUAUGUGUUUUUAUGUUGACUUAAAAAAAAAAAAAGGGUAUUAUUGUAUUGUAUGCGACCUUCCACACUCCUAUGUAUGCAAUACGGAGGGGAGGAAAACGGGCGCUGAGCUGCCCCGAGACCUUUGACUGCCACCACAAUGCUGCCUCUUACCUAUCCGCAUGGCGGAUGCCAGUGUUCUGUUCCAAGCCCCUGGUACAACAGGAGUCAUGGGACCCCCGGGCGGGGCGGGGGAAGGGUGACAAAAAGGACACACUUAUUAUGAACUUUUUCUCAUGAACUUCAUUCUUAUGUUGCCGUUCUCUUUUUUUUUUUGGCCUUGAUGCGCGCAACGGGACGUAUGGUACAUUAGCACUUAGAGAUUAGCAUGUAGUCAACGCCGCCCAACCUGCACCUAUAUGAAGUGUCUAUGUCUGUGUGAGACUAGCCCUUUGCUCUUAAUUGUGGACAUGGAGCAGAAAUACAAAGGGCAGGUGUAGCAUGUCGUAGAUACGUUAGACUAAGUCCUUCUUCACUGUAUCUGUGCAGGUUGAAUUAGCCAGUAGAGAGAGGGCAAUGUAGAAGUUAGAGGGACCAUUGCAUUGAGUGUAUUGAAUAUACUUGAAUAUACUCACACCCCAUGCACCUAAACCAGCAUUAUUAUUAUCAACCAGCCUAAUGUGAUGCCUACCAAUGGAAAAGGGGCACCUAUGUAAACAGGAAGAAGAUAAUCUUUGUGUCAGAAUGCAUUUACUCUGCGGAGGAAUUACGAGGCACUUUCUUUACCUGAUCGGUUGAUGUUACUUCCGAAUGGGGAGAUUUGUCUUCCCUCAGGCUUCACACGCAGGCCUACCCCCCCCCCCCCCCCCCCCCCACCACCUACCUACAUAAUACAUUAUCUCACACCUACAACCUCUCUAAGCUUGCUGAACCAAUAGAGUGACAGUAGCAAUACAAGGUCUGCAUCUUUUCUUUGUAGGUGUGAAAGCAGAAAAAAGACGCGGGCCAGAGAACACUGAAUGAAGUGUUUCUCCCUCCCUUUUAGCACUUGACCUUGGCUAUAUGAUCAUUUUACACAUUCUAGGUACACAUUCCAACCUAUGUCAAUGGAGAUGACGUACACACCAAAACACUACGUUGACAUACACACACAAAUACUGUACUCACACAGAGCGUCUCUUUUUUUUUUUUUUUUUGUAAAUAGCUUGUCCUACCUACAGACAUCAACCGCAACAUCGUCAACACAAGCACACUCAUGCCUCCUCACCCCCUCACAUUCUCCUACUGAGUGUGUACCGAGCUGCCUCCACGCAUGCACUUGCCCCCUUAAAACCCCCACAUGAAUACUUGCCCCCUCCUUCCAACACCACCACCCAUUUUUCCCCUAUCCAUACCCCGCUCAACCCUCUGCUUCAGCUCCCCUCCUCCCAGCCUAGUGUAUGAUUCCCCAUUGGUGCGCUGUGUGCAUGGACAACACAGAUAGGGGUUUGCGACACAGGUUAUUGGGGGGUACUUACUCAAUAUGCCCUGCCUUCACUUCUGAUCACUUUCUGACUUAAUGAAACGCAUGUAACACAUUUUUAUUGUGACUGGAUAUUCUGAGCCACCUUAGUUUUCCUAGAGAUAGGAGCUUAUUACGCUCACUUCUGCCUUUCAGUCAUAGCCUCAUUUGUGUAAACGGUGAACUGAAAGGCUGCUUUUUGUUUUCUGUAGUGUCAGAGUGUAUCCUCAAGGGGGUACUAUGCGAAAAGUAGUCUGGCGACUUUCAUUUCUUGGCCUUCAAGCGCCUCCAAACAUGUCUGAUGGGUUGUAGAGCCCCUUUUAUGUUGGAAGGGAAUGACGAUAGAGAUUUAAUGAUAUACCAUUUUUGGGGGAAUUCAUGUUUAUGAACUUACGCAAUCAAAAUGCUUUUGUACACCAUUUUACUGACCCCACGUGUCCAAGGUAAUUUGUAUAUAACCUGUAAUGAAUUUGGGCUCAUCAAUGUAGCGGGGCCUUUGCAGUUGGGGUUAGUCGUCCCCCCCCCAGCCCCUCUGUGUUCAAAUUCAGCUUGGGUAAGCUCAGCGCCACUGAUCCAGAUGCAGUUCUUAUCUUCACUCUGGGAAAAGCAUCAUGAUGAGGACACAAGCGAAUCCGCUCCACACUGACUAAGCAAUAUAAAAGCCACUGAUCAAGAACAGUCUUUGUCAUAGCACUUCCCAAUAGGUUGAAUGAAAGGAAAUGGAAGCAACUUAUUUUGGCUCUGUAUGAUGUAAUAGUAUGGGGACUCUGUUGGGGAGGGCUAUUUUUUAAAGAAAAUACAUUUGUUUUUUAUUACUCUU